UUGUAUUUGGACACGAUUCGAAGUUGGAGUUGUUGGCUAUUUAAAUUCAUGCGAUUCUUUCCCAAAUAUGUUCAAAAAUUUGAGGAAGAAAAUCACUGAGGAGGUGGGGCAGCCCUCUAUGAGGCUGCCAGUACAACAAUUGUCUCAGCUCAUUUCGGGUGACUCUCCACGGGCCAGCCACCAGGCAGAUCUCAGCGCCUUCAGUCUCGACGAUGAGGGGUCGGCCGCGGCGGCGGCCGGAGCACCCGGAGCGCGGCCGACGGUACCGGGACGGCUCCGGCGCGGCUCGGCGGCCUCCUCGACGGUUAGCGAGUCGCCGGCGGCUGCUGCACCGCUCCGCCGCGCCACACUGCACGCCGAUCUGGAGUCGGGCAGUGAGGUGAGCUCCGUGGCCGACCUGGGCGCCGUCUCCAAGGAGCAGCUUCUGCACAGCUACCAGCGCAUGCGAGCAAAGUACAACAAGUACCGCGGCCGAUACACGGAUCUGGCACGCGCCUUUCACAACCUGGAGAAUGACAAUGAGAAGAUGAGGGCCUCGAUGGCCGAGGCGGAGGGCCGCGCCGGCCGCCGGCUGGCCGAGCUGCGCGAACAGUGCCAGCUGGAGCAGCAGGCCAAGGCCCACAUGGAGGAGGCGCUGCGCACAGACCUCGAGGAGCGAGACGAGCUGGUCAAGCUGCUCACCAUGAAGGUGAAGCUCCUGCGAGAGGGCGGAGCCGAGGAGCCGGCGGUGAGCCCCGGCUCCGACCAAAACGGCUCCGCGGGGCAGACGGCAGAGUCGGCCGCCGAGACCUUACAGCUGAGAGCCAAAAUACGACAGCAGGAGGAGCUACUGGGCAAGUGUCGCGACAACAUCCAGCUGAACGUUACCCGUGCGGCCAGUCUCAGUGCCGAGAACGAGCAGCUUCGUCACCAACUAACCGCCACACAGACAAUGGAGACGGCCGAACAGACAGUGGAGGGGGUCGAACGGACUGACACGGCUGGUCAGGAAGCCGCCACGGAUACCCAGCCGACCGCCUCAGUAGAUUCCCCAGCAGUCACAGCUGACCAACCGGCUGCUUCAACUGACCCUCCAGCUACCUCUGUAGACUCGCCAGCUGCCACAGCCGAUCCUCCAGCGGCCAAAGCUGACACUCCAGCCGCCGCAGGCACCGAUGCCUCGGACUCAGUCAAGCCCAAGAAGAAGGUCGUCAAGAAAGUGGUCCGCAAAAAGAAGGUUGCCCCCAAGGAGAUACGAGAGGCGACACCGGAGCCAUCAGCGGCGGCGGCGGCGGGCGGUGCCGAGCAGCCGGAGCCCGAGCGCCGGCCACCGGCGGCCGAGGUGGCUGAGGCGGUGCGCCGGCAGGUCGAGGAGACGGCACAGAGUCGCCAGGCGCUGGAGCUCGCCGGCAGCCAGUGCCGGGAGGCGGCCGAGGCAGAGCGGCCGGCCUACACCUGUCAGCCGGCCGACUGGAACCUGCGCGCCGCCGCUGGUGACGACGAGCGGAUCCAGGAGGCCCACCGCAGUGAGCUGGAGCGCCUGGAAGCCGUGGUGACCGACCUCCGCCAGACGAUGAGCUCGGCACAGCAGCAGCAACAGGAGAGCGCCAUGACCACCGCCGAACAAAAGGCCAAAAUGCACCAGGAGCUGGAGCUCAAGGAGGCCCAGGUUCGUCAACUCCAAGAGGAUGCCGAAUCAAAACGAAAGGCGCUGGAGCAGCUUCAAAGUCGAGUUGCCACACUCGAAACGGAAACGAGCCAGCUGCGCGAAACACACCGCCAUCAGCUGGAGGAGGUGGAGCGACUGUCCGAGGAAGAAAAGGCCGGUCUUGUCCAGGAGCUGUCGCGGGCCAAGCAGGAGGCCCUGCGUCUGCUGGAGCAGGAGCUGGAGGCGCGCCUGGCCGAACAGUGGGGCCGCCGGCUGCAGCUGCGUGAGGACGAACUGCGGGCAGAGAUACGAGAGAAGGACGACCAGCUGCAGCUGGCGGCCGAGACGGAGCAGCUGCAGCGCGAGGCGGCAGCUGCCGGUCGCGAGCAGCCGCCGGACGACAGCACAGCGGACAUAAUAGACGCGCUGCGAGCUGAGCAAGUGGCCCUAGAGGCCCGUCUGAGACAGGCCGAACAGGCCCGGGACGAAGCCCGGGAAUGUCUGCAGCAGGCCAACAAAGACGCCGAAGCCAAGCUCGAGCAGAGCCGCAGAGAAGCCGAGGCCAAGCUAGAGGAAGUCCGAAAAGAGGCCGACGCAAAAAUAGCGGAAGCUGAAGAGUUGCAGACUAGAUUAAAUACAGCCAAGGCAGAGUUAGACGCUAAGGCAGAACAGGUGGUGAAAGAAGUCAGUAAUGAAACUGAGGCUCAGAACGAAAAGGUCACUGAAGAAAUUGAAAUGAAAGCCGAUCAGCCUGCCGUAGAAACAGCGACUGUGACUGAGGCUCGGCUGGAAGAAGCUAGAGCGCAGGCUCGUCUUGAGACUGAAGCCCAGCUAGAAGAGGCCCGGAAGGAAGCGGAGGCUCGUUUGGAGAAGGCUCAGAAAGAUGCCGACGCCCGCGUUGAAGAGGCUGAGAAGGCUGCUGAUGCUCAGGUGAAAGAAGCCGAGGAGGCUGCUAAGAAGGCAGCAGACGUCCGGGUAGAAGAAGCCGAAAAGGCCGUUGAAGCCAAGGUGGAAGAAGCUAAGAAGACCGCCGACUCACGUGUAGAAGAAGCUGAAAAGGCUGCUGAUGCUCGGGUAGAAGAGGCUAAGAAGACUGCUCAAGAGGCCGCUGAGCUUCGUGUAGAAGAGGCCAAGAAGGCGGCUGAGGAGGCUGCCAAUGCCCGGAAAGAAGAAGCUCAGAAGGCUGCCGACGCCCGUCUGGAGGAGGCUGAAAAGGCCGCUAAGGAAGCCGCUGACGCUCGUUUAGAGGAGGCUCAGAAGGCUGCCGAGGCUCGUUUGGAGGAGGUUCAGAAGGCCGCCGACGCUCGUCUAGAGGAAGCUCAGCGUCAAGCUGCCGCCCAGCUAGAGAGUGAGGUGGCCGCAGCCCGACAGAGUGCCAGCGCAGAGUACAGCGCCAAGCUGGAGUCUCAGUCGCAGGCGGGGGCGGACAGCGCGGCCGAGCACGAGACAGUCGUGUCCGAGCUGCGCGCCCAGCUGGAGGCCGAGCGGCGCCACUCUGCCGAGACAUCUGAGGAGCGCCGGCGGCUCGAGCGGCGCAUGGAGCAGCUCUCGGGCGUGGUUCGCUCGCUGGAGGAGAGCCUGGGCGAGCUGAGCAGCAAGUACGAGGCUGAGAGCCGGUCGGCGGCGGCGCUGGCGGUCGAGCGGGACCGGCUGAACGGACAGCUGGGCGGCGAGCGCCAGCAGCGGGACGACCAGCUGGCCGAGCUGCGCGCCCAGCUCGAGCUGAACGCCGCCCGGCUCGGCGACUUCAGCAGCCAGGCGGCCGCUCUCAGCGACGCCAAGCGCGGCCUCGAGGAGAAGGUGGCGGCGCUCUCGGCAGCCGCCGACGCCGACCGGCAGCGCGCCGAGCAGGCUCUGGCCGAGCGCGAGCGCGAGCUGGCCGAGCUGCGACAGCGCGCCGAGACCGCCGAGCAAGCUCGAGACGAGCGCGACGCCCAGAAGACGGAGCUGGACGAGGCACUGCGCACGGCGCGCAGCGAGCUCGAGUCGACGGUAAGCGACCUGAGCGACAUUGACGAGAUGUCUGAGGGUUUCAGGCCAGACGUUCAGCGUUUGUCGGCGGAGGUGAGCCGACUGCAGGCCAAGCUUCACUCCCAGAAACAGCGCGCUGAUCAGCUGCAGGAUUCCAACGAGAAACUGACCAGCCGGCUGCUCCAGAUGGAGAAAAUCGCCCUCAAGGUCGAACUGGUCGAGAAUGAAAACCAGAACCUGAAGGGCGAGCUGGCCUUCGAGCGCGAGCGAGGCCGCAAGCACCGGGACCGCGUCAAGGUGCUGAAGAGCCUGCACGCUGUGACCAAGGACGAGGUGACCGGCAUCCAGGCCGACUUCAGUCUGGUGCAGGACGAGGUGCAGAGUAUCCGCGCGUCACUGACGGAGCGGCUGGAGCGCGUGCAGCAGCAGGGACACUCCCUGGAGCAGCUGCAGCACAAGCUGGACCAGGCCAUGGCCGAGAAGGCACAGCUGCGCGCCCAGCUGGAGACCGGCAUCGAGAAGAAGGAGCACGAGCAGCGGGACAUGAUGCAGGCGCUGGAGAAACUCGGCCGCGAGAUCGAGACGUACAAGGCCGAGUGUCGUGACCUGGGCUCGUCGGACGACCGGCCGGCGGACAGCACAGACGCGGCAGAGGCGGACCCGGCCGGCGCCGACCCUGAGCCUGCCGCCGGAGACUCGGAGACGGACGACGCCGCGCUGCGCAGUGAGCUGGCCGGUCUGCAGAAGGUGUCCGAGACGUACCGUCUGCAGCUGGCCGAGCUGCAGGCGCAGCUGGACGAGGCGGCCCGGCAGCGGCAGCUGAUCGAGCUGGAGAAGAAGUGUCUCCAGGAGCGGCUGCAGCAGCAGCAGCGAGACAAGGACGAUGUCUCGCUGAAGAUGGACGCGCUCUGUUCGGACACCAACUCGGUGCUGAUCCAGCUGAGGGAGGAGAACGCCGAGCUGCGUGGCCAGGUGGAGUCGGAGCGGAGCUGCGCCGCCGAGCUGGCCACCCAGCUGGCAGCGGUCGAGACGGAUAGGAAGCGGGUCGACCGUGACAUCGCCGACGCCGGCCUCGACAAGGACACGCUGGCAGCCAGGAUCGCGCUCUUCAAACAGCAGCUCAAAGAGCAGUCGGAGCUGAUUGACUGCUACAAGUACGAGAUCAGCACGCUGAAAACCAACUACGACAGUCUGGAGUCCGAGGUGAAACGUCAGGAGGAGCUCACCGCGUCACUGCGCGCUGUUAAUGUCGAGAUCGACAGGAAGCUCAAUGCCGAAAAAGAGCUUAAAAAAAACUUCGAGGAGAAAUUGAAUCAGACGUUGACGGAAGUAGCGCAGCUUCGGUGUAGUAUGCAGGAGCUGCGUGCCAAGAAUGCUUCUCUAGAGGAGCAAUUAGUGAGUGCGAGUGCUGUGAAACCUUUAGCAAGUGAGGCCCCGUCCGUAGAGAGCACACAAGUGGAGCAGGAGGAGAAGGUGAUGUCUUCAGAUCAGUCAUUGUGUCAGGAGCUUGUGCCUCCAGUAGGCGAUGCUGGGGACAAAGAAGUGACCGAGUUAGUGGAAUGUCCGAAUGUUGUGGAAAAAGUAGAGCUGUGUGAAGCGGUUCCUAAGAGUGACCAUCCCCCGGUGCUGGAGUCGGCUAGACAGGACAGUGAGGCACCAUUGAAGGCGCAAGAUUUACACCAGCUGAAUGUGGAGUUGGAGGCUCGCUGUCAGGCGGCGGAGAGGCGCGUCACCGCUCUGGCCGCCGAGCUGGAGCAGACCGCUGCCGAACUGGAUCGUUUGCGUCUGCGCCAGAGCAGCUCGGACUCCGAGCCGAGAGACCCGGAGGCCGAGGAGUCGGCCCAGGGCAGUCAGCUCGGCGCAGGACUGGACGAGAUGAUGUUACUGCAGCAGGGUAGGCUCAGUGAGCUGACGCGGCGCUCUGAGGAGCUGGCCGACGACAACCACCGGCUGGUGGCGGCGCUCAGCGCCUGCUCCAUUGAAAUGGACGCACUACGGGCGGAGUUGGGGCAGGUGGCGGCUGAGAAGGCGAUGCUGGAGGCGGCAGCCGCCGCACCCGAUUCUGCGACCUUCCCAACCAUCGCGACAGACUCAGCAACCGUUUCUAACGUACCCGACUCAACAACCGCUGCUACAGCGUCUGAACCCACGCCCGCCCCUACGCCAGACUCCACGGCCUCCGCCUCCGACACCGUGUCAUCCGUCACCGCCGCCCUGGAGGAGGAGCGCAGUCGUCUGAGUGCAGAGUUCGACGCACUUCAGCUGGUGUAUGAAAACACCUCCGUCACCCUGGAGGAAACCACUGAGCGGCUGCGGCGAGCAGAAGACGACAAGGCCCACCUGCGCCGAGUGCUGGACAAUCAACGCGAAGAAAUGGCCGCUAAGACGGAGGAGUUUGACGAGCGUCUGCAGGAAUAUCUUCGAGAGAUCACCAACAAAAACGAGGAGAUUGCUGUGUUUCUGGCGGAGCUGAAGACCAACCAGGACGAGAUGGCGGAUGCUCGCGCGGAGGUGGACAGAAUGCAGGAGCUGGUGCGAACCAAGGAGACCGCGCUGCGAGCGGUUAGUGGAGAGCUGGCAGCCGCCAAGACGCGGCUCCACACCGAGUGCGAGCGUUUCCUGGCCAGGGAGUCGGAGCUGGCGCGGAAGCUACAGGAGGAGAAGGAGCGCUUCAUCAGCCAGCUGACGGAGGUGCGGGAGACGAUGCGGACUUCGAUCGACACCAUGCAGGCGAAAAUUCAGCAGCUGAACGGCCUGCUCAAGAGUCAGGACCUGGCGCACCACGUGGAGCUGAGCCGACUGCGCUGCGACUACGAGCAGCGUCUGGAGGCGCUGCAGCAGGCCCUGGCGGCGCUGCGCUCCCAGUGUGACCACACCAUCGCCGAGCUGAUCGCCUCGCACCGGCGGCAGCUGGACGAGCUCAGCCAGCAGCUGGAGCGGACGCGGCUCGAGCUGGAGCAGCUGGCCACGCAGCGGCAGCAGUGUUUCGACGAGGCGCAGUCGGACGCGGACGCGCGCCUGUCGGCGGUCACCGCCGAGCACCGCCAGGCCAUGGAGCGACUGCAGAGCCAGCACGAAGCCAGCGUGCGCCGACUGCGCGACGAGUACGAGCAGCGCGUGCAGCAGCUGAGCUGCCGCGCCGAGGAGGGCCGCCAGAAGUACCAGCGCAGCCUGGCGUCGGCUGAGGGCCGGCUCCAGGCGCUGGAGGCCGAGCUGGCAGAGGCGCGGCGCCGGCACCAGCUCAGCGAGCAGGCGCUGGAGCAGGAGCACCGCGAGGAGCUGGCCGCCCUGGUGCGCAGUCAGAGCUACCUGGCCGGCGCUGGGGACGAGGACGGUGACGAGCGCCGGGAGAGUGAGGAGCGCGCGGCGCGGAUCGACGAGCUGCAGUCGGCCAGCGCGGCGCUCGACUCGCAGGCGGCGCUGGCCGAGGACGCCAACCGGCGGCUGGCGGCCGAGCUGGCGGCCCUGCAGCAGACGGCCGACCAGCUGCACACCAGGUUAGUGCACACGGAGGCAGCCGGAGUACAGAGCCAGCAGCAGGCGCAGCGUGACGUGCUACAGUGCCAGGAGGAGGCGCAGGCCGAGCGGGACGCGCUCAGAGCCGAGCUGGAGACGGCACAGCAGGAGCAGACAAGGCUAAAUCAGGAGCUAGAGACCGCUCAGCAGGAGCGGACGAGGCUUAAUCAGGAGCUAGAGACCGCUCAGCAGGAACAGACCAGGCUAAAUCAGGAGCUGGAGACAGCCCAGCAGGAUAGAGCUCGGAUAACCAGUGAGCUGGAGACGUCCCAAGAGGAGCAAACACGACUAAAGACGGAGCUGGAGACAGCGCAACAGGAACAAACCCGUCUUAGCGCUGAACUGGGGACUUCACAGCAGGAGCAAACACGGCUAACUACAGAGCUAGAGUCGGCACAGCAGGAGCGAACCCGGCUAACUACAGAGCUGGAGUCGGCACAACAGGAGCAAACACGGCUAACUACAGAGCUAGAGUCGGCACAGCAGGAGAGAACCCGCCUUAGCACGGAACUGGACACUGCGCAACAGGAACAAAACCGACUUAGCGCGGAGCUAGAGACGGCACAGCAAGAGCAGACGAGGUUAAACACUGAGCGGGAGACGGCACAGCAGGAGCAAAGCCGGUUUAGCACAGAGGUAGAGUCGGCACAAAAGGAGCAAAGCCGGCUCAGCACCGAGCUAGAACAUGCCUCUGAAAAUGUAAAAGCAUUAGAGGCUGCUUUGGAAACAGCGAAGGGUGAAAGCUCAGAAUUGCAAACCAAACUGGAUGCCGCGACUGAUGAGACGACACAUUUGAAGGUUUCUCUCGAAGAAGUAAAGCAAGAGAAAUCGAAGCUGCAGGAGCGACUGGAAGGCGCUGACAAAGUUACAGCAGACCUGAAUUCGAGUGUUGAACUGUCUUCUCAGGAGAAAGAAGAUUUGAAAGCGCAGCUGUCGGCAACUAAGCAGGAGGUGACAGAAAUGGAGGCCAAAUUGGAAACGGCUGAACGGAGAACAGCAGAACUCGAGACAAAGCUGGCUGAAACUGAGCAAAAAGGAACGGACGCUCAGGCGAAACUGGAUGCGGUUGAAGAGGCAUCUUCGGAGCUGAAGGUAAAACUCGAGACUUCAGAGGGGACGGCAGCUGAGCUUGAGGCGAAGUUAAAGACAGCGGAACAGGAAACUACUGAUUUAAAGGCGAGCUUGGAGACCGCGAACCAGGAAACCGUAGAGCUCAAGGUGAAACUGGUGGCAGCAGAACAAGAGACAGAAACGCUUCGGGCCAGUCAAGAAAACGCGAAGCAAGAAGCGACAAAGUUCAAGGCCACAAUGGAAGCCAAUGGUGAGUCAGAGAAGGAACUCAGGAGCAAGCUCGCUGAAGCCGAGGAAGAGCAAUGCGCUUUGAAGAGCAGACAAGCCGAUGCCGAUCAGGAGCUGUCUGCUGUCCGGGCGCGGCUGGUAGAACUGGAGACAUCAUCAUCAGAUCUGUCGGGUCGCCUCCAGACCGCCGAGGAGCAGCUGACAGCGGCUGAACAGCGCGCAGCCGAGCUAACACAGGCUGCCGAACAGCGUGCUGCUGAGCUGGUUCAGGUGGCCGAGCAGCGUGCAGCGGCAGAGAGCGCCCGAGACGAGGCGGUUGGCCGGGCUGAGUCACUACAGGCCGAGCUGACAGAGGCUGCCGAACAGCGCGCGGCGGCAGAGAGCGCCCGGGACGAGGCGGUCGCCCGGGUUGACUCUGUGCAGGCAGAGCUGAGAGCACUCCAAGAAGCGGACGGAGAAAGACAGCGACAGGUCGAAACGAGCCGCACUGAGAUUGAGCAGCUUACCAAUAAACUACAAAGCGUCGAAGCUGAAUAUGCCAAGAAAACCGAUGAGCUAAGCUCUCUGCAAGCAGAAAAGGCAGACGUUGAAUCGCAAAUGCAAACACUGCGGCAAGAGCUCGAACAAAAGGUUGCUGAAAAAGAAGCGAUAGUCUCAGAGAAGGUGACUAUCGAUGAGAGAAUCCGAUCGUUAGAACACGAACAGAAACAGGGAGCGUCCAGUUUGGAGUCGACUGCUGCGGAAAAGACUGCGUUACAGAAUCGUGUCGGGGAGCUGGAGAAACUUCUGGAACAAAAGUCGGCUGAGCUGGCUGCCUCCCUCGGUGAGCGUGAGACCGAUGCUCAGAGCCAGCAGACCCUCACCAAUGAACUGCAGGAAAGGUCUGCCAGGCUGGAGGAGCUCGUUAGUCGCUGCGCUGCGCUGGAGGCUGAGUCUGCCGCCGGAGCCGAGCGGGUGGCCGCACUGAACGCUCAGCUGGUCGAAGCUCAGAAUCGUAUAUCGGCACUCACGGCCUCUGCGGACGCAGCCAGGUCAGAGCUGGAGUUGACGAAGGCCGAGCUGGCGGCGGCUGUGGCGGAGAGGGACGCGGUCCGUUCAGACCGAGAGUCUGUCAGCUCGGAACUGGAGUCUGUACGAGCCACAGCUGCCGAACGGGAGGCAGAACUGGCGACAGCUGUAGCAGAACGAGACACGAUUCGAACAGACCGCGACAAGACCACGUCAGAGCUGGAGUUGACCAAAGCUGAGCUGGCAGCGGCAGUAGCAGAGCGGGAUGCUGUCAGAACGGACCGAGACACGACCACGUCGGAGCUGGAAUCUGUUCGUGUCGUGGCUGCAGAGCGGGAAGCCGAGCUGAUUGCUCUGAGAGUUACAUUGCAGGAGCAGGAGGGCCGGCUGUCGGCGGAAGUGACUGAACGGGAGGGACGGCUCGAGCGGGCCGAGGCGGCGGCGGCCGAGCUGACUGCUGAGCUGUCUGCUGAGCGCGCCACUCAGGCCGGUAAGACGGAGGAGCUGACAGAGCUGAUCGCCAGUCUGGAAGAGGCGCGCGCGGAGACUGUCUCGGUGCGCUCGCAGCUGGAGCGCAGUACCGCCGAACUGAGGGCAGCUGGUGAGACCCGUGACGACCUGGAGCGCCGGCUGACCGAGGUCGAGAAUCAGCUCGCCGAGAAACAGCGCCAGUACGCGACUGCCAGCUCCGCCAGCGCCGAGCUCGAGCGUCGUCUGGAGCAGGGACUGGUCGACAGACAGGAGGCGGAGCGGCGCGCCGAGCAGGCCGAUAUUCAGCUGAAGAACGGCCAGAACGAGCUUGGCACUCUGCGUGCCACCCGAGAACAGCUGGAGGUAGACGUUCGCCGACUGCGUGACGAGCUGAAGACGCUAACAGCCGGCAAGGUCAGUGUCGAGCGAGACCUGGACGACUGGAAGGAGAAGCUGCGUGACGCCGAGAAUGAGCGAGAACGACUGGAGGAGCGACUGGAAGAGGCCACCAAGGAGCGGGACGCGGCCGAGCGCGCCCAGCAGGAGGCGCUCGAGAGCCGCGGUGACUCGGAGCGGCGGCUCGCUCAGCUGGAGGAGGAGGCUGCGCGCGCGACCGCUGCGCUGGCCGACUCUGAGCAGCUCUCCGAGCAGAAGCGAACGCUGGAGACGCGGGUGACCGAGCUGGAACAGCAACUGGCGCAGGCCGGCGAGCGGGCGGCCGGCGCCGAGCGGCUGCUCAGUGCCAUGACUGAGGAGAAGCAGGCGCUGGCGGAGCGGCUGCAGCAGCUGGAGCGGGCUGCACCGGUCGCUGACGACGGGGUCGGGGUGGCUGAGCGUCCUCCGGUUCCGGUGGACGAGGCGGACGCCGUGUCUGCGGUGCAGGCGCGGCUGUGCGAGGCUGGCCCGCCCGGGCCGGCGACGGACGAGCUGCAGCAGCUGCGUCAGCGGUCUGCCGAGCUGGAGACUGAGCUACAGCAGCUGCGGGCGGACCAGCAGGCGGCUGAGGAGCAGCGCGCCGACCUGCAGAGGCUGCUCGACGCCGAGAGAGACAAGGCCAAUGCGUCUCUGGAGGAGAGCAGCCGCCAGGUGGUGCGCAGCGUCACCGAGGACUGUGAGCUGAGGCUGAGGGAGCAGGAGCAGGCGCACCAGCGGCAGGUCCAGCUGCUCAUCGGUAAGGCCGAGGACCACGAGGGCCACCUGACCCAGCAGCACCGUGAGAGGGUGCGCUCGCUCUACCGGGAGAUCGACGAGAAGGUGGAGGCUAUUGACCUGACCCGAACACAGCUCAAGGAGCGGGAGGACCAGCUGCACGCGCUGCGGGACGACUAUCAGCAGCAGCUGGAGCAGCUGCGCGCCCAGUUCUCCAGCCAGCUGGAUGAGACGGUGGAGCGGGCGGCGCGGGACAGCCGGCAGGAGCUGGACCAGCUGCAGCACCAGCUCGAGACCGAGAGACGGCUGUCUGGAGAUGCGGCUUCCAACGAUGAGCGGCUGGACGAGGCCAGUCGGAUGGCGGCCGCCGCCGUCGAAACCGGCACCACCAGCCUGGAGACGAUCCGCAAACAGGUGCUGGCCCAGCACAGGCAGAUCGAACUGAUGCGCAAAAAACACAAACGGGAGGUGGCCGAGCUGCGCCGGUUACUGGAGCUGCAGCACCUGUCCGUACCGGCGGCGGCGGCGGCGGACGGCGAGCAGGCCGGCCUCGACCCCCACACGGAGAUGGAGUACCUGAGAAACAUACUGUUCGAGUACAUGAUGGGAAAGGAGCCGCUGACUCUGGCCAAGGUGAUAUCUGCGGUGCUCAAAUUCAGCUCUGACCAGACGGCCAAGGUGCUGGAAAAGGAGCAGCAUCGACAGGCGGCGCUGUCGCCCGUCCGGCCGACGGUGGGCUCCACGCUGGACUCUGUGGGAUCCACGCUCUCCGCCUUUUCUCCGUUCAAAUGGAGAUAGCCGACCGAUCGACCACUGCCCAGCCGACCCAGUCGGUUGGCCCGACCAGCCGCGGCCUGUGGCCGGCAAUAGACUCGCGUUCUGGGCGGCAACGCAAUAGAGUGGCCGACAGCCGCACCAGACGGCCGGCCGGCCCAGCCGGGACCGGUGGCAGAGAGGGCCGGCGCGGCGGCAGACUGCCUCCCUGUCCGCCGCGCGGUGUCCUGCAGUGCUGGCGGCCGGUCUGCCUCCCUGACCCGCUGUCACGGAGGAGUUCUGCCCGCACGGUGUGACUGGCUCGUGUGCGCGGCCGGUGCCGCUGUGAUGUCCCGCUGUCCUGUCCUGUUGACGAUUCUAGUCUGUGGCUGACUCGGGCGGCCGGCAGUCUGAGGAGCGCUCUCCCGCUGCCGGCCCGCCCGGUCCGUGUGUCGGAGAGACGGCAGAGGUGGUCCUGUCCGUGCUACUGCAGUGCUUUAUGGGGUGUGAUCUAGUCCAUCACGGUGUGUGCUAUGACGAAUAAAUAUAUAUACACAGCUUUA